AGUGAUAGAUAUGCCAUUUAAGGUGUCAACUGAUGUCUGGGUGAUACCCGCGGAUGGUGGUGUGCUUGGAUUUCUCUAUCUGUCAAAGUACAAUGUCUACUUAUGGAAGAGGGAGACAGAUGGUGAUGGUGUUGCAGGGUGGGUGCUUGGGAAAACUAUCCAGCUCGACAAUCUUCUUCCCCUCAGUUCAACUGAAGCAUGGUACCCUAAGAUAUCUGGGUUCGCUGAGGAUGACAAAGUGUUGCUUAUAGGGACAGAUGAUCGCAUCUUCACCAUCCAGCUGGAGUCAAUGAAGUUUGUGCAGUUCAAGAUCUGUUUUGCAACACUUAACUUCAGCAUCUUCCAUCCAUUCUCAAGUGUAUAUACUGCAGGCAUGGGACUUGGUGAUGAACAUGAAGGAGCUGAGCUGUUGUUCAAUGCAUAAGAUGAUGUGCUGUUGAAUAUAUAAUGUAAGAUUACCUUCUGAGUUUUGGUUGAUUAUUUUCUUUUAUGAAAAUAUUUCAUUUACCCUUUCUACCUUUUAAGGCUCCAAAUUGCAAAGAUAGAACAUAAUUAUUUCUACAACCUUCUGCUCAGUUGUUUACCAUUUCCCAUACUGCUUUCUUGGUUUGGUUUUUAGGCCUGCUCCCUCGUCCCAUGCUGAGCAGCUCUAAUUUUCUUCCAUAUUGUCCUUCCAGCGCCACCUUUCUCUUGUAUCCACUGAUGUUUCACCCCCUCCUGGAUUUUGUCUUUUACUUGCUUCCCUUCCAUUCAGCAUUUCAGCUGCACAUCUCUUCCUGAGGCUUUUACUGCAUGUAUAUAAAUUGAUUUAGGGUUGUUAGAGUCUGCCUAGAUCAUGCAUUUUCAGAUUUUCUAAAUGAUUUUGCUGCCUUCACUUGGUUAGUAGUAACUGACUAGUUCUUAACAUUUCUAAAUACUUCUGCUUUUAUACCUGCACUCCUCAUAUGCCCGUGAAGCACGUAAUGUACUACGUAUGAUUUGAGGCUAUGAAUCACUGAUGUUUUAAUAGCCGGUGAGAUCGUAUGUAGCAAAACGAAUGAGAACACACCAGGAGUUCAGGCUAUGACCUGUUCAGGUUAUAUAUAUGCAGAUCUGAUGAGAAGCAUGUGUUCUUGUUUCAUACAGCCUGUUGUGUACAUAUAUAAUCUGGAAGCCAGCAGUAACGUAACGUCCU